GAUGGGUUUUAUUAGAUGUAGAGAGAGGGGGAGUAGUAUAAAAUGAGGGAAUUGUGUGUGUAUGCAUUCACGCCCUUCAAGCUGCCAUCUCCCUCCUCUUCAUUUCUUCGCUUUCCUUCCUUUUCCAUCAGAGCAAUGGCGUCCCACAUUGUGGGUUACCCUCGAAUGGGGCCCAAGAGAGAGCUCAAGUUUGCUCUCGAAUCAUUCUGGGACGGCAAGACCAGCGCUGACGAUUUGCAAAAGGUUGCCGCAGACCUCAGGCUAUCUAUCUGGAAACAGAUGGCUGAUGCUGAAAUCAAGUUUAUUCCCAGCAAUACUUUUUCAUAUUAUGACCAAGUCUUGGACACCACAGCAAUGCUUGGGGCUGUUCCUCCUAGAUAUGGUUGGAGCGGCGGCGAGAUUGGUCUUCCUCUCUACUUUUCCAUGGCCAGAGGCAAUGCUUCUCUUCCUGCCAUGGAAAUGACCAAGUGGUUUGACACCAACUACCAUUACAUUGUCCCUGAACUCGGACCCCAACUUCACUUCUCCUAUGCAUCUCACAAAGCUGUCCAUGAGUACAUGGAGGCCAAAGCUCUCGGCGUCGACACUGUUCCAGUCCUCCUGGGUCCUGUUUCCUAUUUACUGCUGUCAAAACCAGCAAAGGGCGUCGACAAAUCCUUUUCCCUUCUUUCUCUAAUUGACAAGAUUCUUCCUGUUUACAAGGAAGUUGUAGCUGAAUUGAAGGCAGCUGGUGCAAAAUGGAUUCAGUUUGAUGAGCCCAAGCUGGUGAUGGAUCUUACUGCUCAUGACCUGCAAGCAUUCACUCAUGCAUAUGCCGAGCUGGAGGCAUCUUUAGCUGGAGUGCAUGUUGUGCUUCAGACAUACUUUGCUGAUGUUCCAUCUGAGGCAUACAAAACCCUCACAUCAUUAAAGGGUGUUAGUGGAUUCGGGUUUGACCUUGUUCGUGGUACAAAGACCCUUGAUUUAAUUAAGGCUGGAUUCCCUACAGGAAAAUUCCUCUUUGCUGGAGUAGUUGACGGAAGAAACAUCUGGGCUAAUGAUCUUGCUUCGUCACUUGAUACAUUGCAUUCUCUUGAGUCCAUUGUUGGCAAAGACAAAGUUGUGGUCUCCACUUCCUGCUCCCUUCUACACACUGCAGUGGAUCUAGCUAAUGAAAACAAAUUGGAUAAAGAAAUCAAAUCAUGGCUUGCAUUUGCUGCACAGAAAAUACUUGAAGUAAAUGCCCUAGCCAAGGCAGUAGCUGGACACAAGGAUGAGGCAUUCUUCUCGUCCAAUGCGUUAGCACAUGCUUCAAGAAAGUCCUCUCCAAGGGUGACAAAUGAGGCUGUUCAAGAGGCUGCUACUGCAUUGAAGGGUUCUGACCAUCGCCGGGCUACAAAUGUGAGUGCAAGGCUUGAUUCUCAGCAGAAAAAAAUGAAUCUUCCAAUUCUUCCCACCACCACAAUUGGGUCUUUCCCUCAGACUCAAGAUCUCAGGAGAGUGCGCCGUGAAUACAAGGCUAAGAAGAUCUCGGAGGAUGAUUAUGUCAGUGCCAUCAAGGAGGAAAUUAGGAAAGUUGUCGAGAUCCAAGAACAACUGGACAUUGAUGUUUUGGUUCAUGGUGAACCAGAAAGGAAUGACAUGGUUGAGUACUUCGGCGAGCAGUUGUCUGGUUUUGCCUUCACUGCAAAUGGAUGGGUGCAGUCAUAUGGUUCUCGUUGUGUUAAGCCUCCUAUUAUUUAUGGUGAUGUGAGCCGUCCCAAGGCCAUGACUGUCUUCUGGUCUUCAGUGGCUCAGAGCAUGACUAAGCGACCCAUGAAGGGAAUGCUGACUGGCCCUGUUACCAUUCUCAACUGGUCCUUUGUUAGAAAUGACCAACCUAGACACGAGACAUGCUAUCAAAUUGCUUUGGCCAUCAAGGAUGAGGUUGAGGAUCUUGAGAAAGCUAAAAUCACAGUAAUCCAGAUUGAUGAAGCUGCUUUGAGAGAGGGUUUGCCUCUGAGAAAGUCUGAGCACGCCUUCUAUUUGGAUUGGGCUGUUCACUCUUUCAGGAUCACUAACUGUGGUGUCCAAGACUCGACCCAGAUCCACACUCACAUGUGCUACUCAAACUUCAAUGAUAUUAUCCACUCUAUUAUCGACAUGGACGCUGACGUGAUCACCAUUGAGAACUCUAGAUCAGAUGAGAAGCUUCUCUCGGUGUUCCGAGAGGGAGUGAAAUAUGGCGCGGGUAUAGGUCCUGGUGUCUAUGACAUUCACUCACCCAGGAUCCCAUCAACAGAAGAAAUUGCAGAUCGGGUCAACAAGAUGCUUGCAGUUCUUGAAAGCAAUGUCCUCUGGGUCAAUCCCGAUUGUGGGUUGAAGACCCGAAAGUACUCUGAAGUGCACCCAGCCCUCAGCAACAUGGUUUCUGCGGCCAAACUUCUCCGCACUCAGCUUGCAACUGCCAAGUGAGCCUAUGGUCGUGUGUUUCAGAAGGCUAAAUUAUGUCCAUCAAUAAUGUGAGAUGAGUAUUCUUGUUAUUAUUUUCUUAAUGACAAGUCAUAAUGUAACGAGAUCUGCUGUAUGCGGAUUUUGCGCUUCACUUU